AUGAAUGAAUAUCUCAAAAAGAUGAAGCUCAGCGAGAUUGUUGACUGGACCUCCAAUAAUAGUUUUCGCUCUUCAGUGCAAUCUAAAAAGUCAGUGCAAUCUAAACAGUCGGCCCUUAUGACUCCACCUUCUUCAGGACCUUCUUCACCUGAACUCUCACCCUCAUUGUCACCGGACCAACCAAAAUACUCAGCACCUACACCUGAACCCCACUCAAUGUCUCUGGAUAGUGGUCGUGUCACUCCCCCUUCUUCUGAAUCCUCACGUGCUGAUAAUGAAGCUGCUUUUGCCAAUGUUACCCACACUCCACCGACUGGUCGGUUAUCGGUGACUAUUGUCGCUGGUCGUAAACUUAAUGUCAGCAAUUAUCAGGCUAAGCCUUACUGUGUGGUGGAAUUCGAGAGAAGCGAAUUUGUUACCCGAGAAGCUUUAAGAGAUGGUGAUCUGUCUUCACACAGAGACGGGAAACAAAUGAACUUUAUGGAUCUAGUUCGCGCUGCUACAAAUCCUGUUUGGAAUCAAACGGCUACAUUUGAUGUUGCUCGUAUUGAUGGAGAACUUCAUAUAUCAGUGUACGAACGUGUUCAUAAUAAUAAUCACGCUCAAGAGAUCUUCCUUGGUAUGUUAGCUAUUAAACCUCCAAGACGAAAUGAUAAAGUCAUUGAUGGCUGGUUCAAACUUACGCCAAGAAGCAAAGGUGAAAAUGUAACUGGUGAAAUGCACGUGCAGAUCUCUUAUGAAUCCGUCGCUAAAACACAUCUCACGCCUGCUUCCUUCGAAAUUCUUAAACUCAUCGGUAAAGGAAAUUUCGGCAAAGUAUUCCAAGUCCGUAAAAAAGACACUGGUCGAAUUUACGCCAUGAAGGUGCUACACAAACAGGAUCUGAUUGAACGUCGCGAAGUGGAACAUACUCUUGCCGAGAAAAACAUUCUGAUCCAAGCCGAAACUUGUCCUUUCUUAGUUGGCCUAAAAUUUUCAUUCCAGACUCGUACUCACCUUUAUUUGGUGACCGAUUUUAUGAAUGGGGGAGAAUUGUUUUGGCAUUUGCAAAAUGAAGUAAGACUCAGCGAAGAAAGAGCGAAAUUUUAUGCCGCUGAAAUCGUCUUGGCACUAGAACAUUUGCACAAAUAUAAUAUUGUCUACAGAGAUCUAAAACCCGAAAACAUCCUGCUUGAUGCUACAGGGCAUAUUGCGCUCUGUGAUUUUGGACUUUGCAAAGAGAAUCUUGGGGCUGGUCAAACUACAAAUACAUUCUGUGGUACAUCAGAAUAUCUUGCUCCGGAGGUUUUGGCCGAAUGUGGAUACGGUAAAUCAGUUGAUUGGUGGAGCUUGGGCAUUCUUUUCUAUGAAAUGAUUGCCGGCUUUAGUCCAUUCUACACUCAUGACACACAAGUUAUGUACCGAAGGAUCUUGUUCGGAAAACUUAGAUUUCCUAAAGGUUUAUUCAGUGAUGAAGCAAAGAGUUUAAUCAAAGGGCUCCUUGCACGUAAUCCUCAACACAGACUCGGCACUUAUCAUGAUGCUGAAGAAAUCAAAAAUCAUCCCUUCUUUGAUAAUAUCAAUUGGGAUGCUUUAUAUGCAAAGAAGAGUACACCACCCUUCAAGCCAAAUGUCGCCUCUGAAGAUGAUACAUCUUGUUUCGACCCGGCUUUCACCGAGGAAGAAAUUGAUGUUUCAAAAAAUAUGAGCAAGAAUGGCACAAAUGCAUCAACUAAUAGUGCGUACGAGGCUUCGAAUCAAUUUCAAGGAUUCACUUACUCUGGGGAAAAAGAUGGAAUCAAUAAUACACUUUCUUUGGGAUGUGGAUUUGAGGUGGGAUCUAUUGCCGCAGUUCAAGCUGCUGUCAAUUCUGGUAAUUGGGGAAGUUUGGAAGAUAUAUUACGGUGUUAA